AUGAGAACCAUUCUGCUACUAUCUGCCGCUAUGAUAAUGACACGCUGUCGAGUGUUGAAUGUCGGCACUUCCACCGGUUGUGAAGAUGUUCAGAAGACCAGAAAGAGUGAACUCACAAAAGCUGAGAUGAAGAAUUGCCUUGGAGUCUCUCUACGUCGAGACAUUUCUUCCAAAACACAGGUGGAACAAAUGGGAGAGUACAAGAAGGACUAUACCACAACUAACGAAUCCUUGAAGGCAGUGUUCUUACACAUUACUCAAUGUUUCGGUCCUUGUAGUUCCGAAUAA